GGCAUCCUUCCGUUCGUCUCUCUUCGCUGCCGCAGGACUCUCUAUCUCUCUGCAAUUCAGCCCCCACGAUGUCCACCGACGGUCAAUCGCGCCCCAAGCCCUCCUGGUUCCAGGAGCACGUGGAGAGCAUCAACCCCGAUGCGCAGCGCGUGCUAGAGAGCUACAGCGGAAUGAAGCCCGAAGAAGUCAUUCCGCAUGUCGUAUCAGUGCGCAAUGAAGCCUUCGAGGUCUAUCAGUACGCCUGCAUCGGCCAGAUGCGCUUCCUCUCUUUCAACCUGCAGCACCUCCCCUUCUACCCCCAGGUACUGGAGCACCUGCGCCACGACCCGACCGCGGGCUUCCUCGACGCGGGAUGCUGCUUUGCACAGGAACUGCGCUACCUAGCCGAUCAAGGCAUCCCCAGCACCCAGUUGUACGGCUGCGACCUCGAGCAGAUUUUCAUCUCGCUCGGGUACCAACUCUUUCGGGACGAGGAUCGCUUCCAGGCGACCUUUGCCGCGGGCGACCUGGCGACGGAGAACGACCAGGAGUUCGAAGCCGGGGAGAUUGCCCAGAAGCUGCGGGGCCGGAUUUCUGUCGUCUUCGCCAGCUCGCUCUUCCAUAUGUGGAACUACCAGACGCAGCUGCGGGUCGCCACGCGGCUGGUGCGGCUCUGUCGUGAUGACCAGCAGCAGCAGCAGCAGCAGGGCAAGGGGACGAUCAUCGCGGGCCGGCAGAUGGGAAGCAUCCUGGCCGGCGAGCACGCGAUGACCGGAAUGGUCAAGGACCCGACGGCGACGCAUUACCGGCACAACGUCGAAUCCAUCAAGGGGUUCUGGUACGAUGUGGGGGUGGCCACGAACACGCGCUGGAGGGUCGAGGCCGGGCUGUACAUGGCCGAGGAGAUCGAGCAGAACCGUCAUGCCCCCUUCGCCGACGAGAAUCUGCGCAUGUUGUGGUGGUGUGCCACCAGGGUGGACUAGUCAUGCAGUUGUUUUCAAUUAUGCGAUAAGUUAAUGCUAAGAUGCCGU